UCACAGACAAAGACUCUGAUUUUGUUAUGCUAAAGCUGCAGCUGCCUGAAAUUUAGUCUCCUUUUAAAUUUUUCUUCAAAACAAAAGAAUUGUUUUUAUAAAUUUUUCCUUCAUAAACAUCAAAUAAAAUGGAUUCAUCCAGUCAAGAUACGGAUAAUAUUUUGGAUCAAUUAGUAUCGCCGGAUCGUCCAUUUCAAGAACGAACUGAAGAUGAAUUAAUGGAUGCCGAAUAUCAUGAUGAAGUGGAACGAUUAUUUAAUGAUGCCACAUCCGAAGUAGAUGAUUCACAACGUCAAUCAAAACGCAUUGUUCGUGAUGGUAAUAUUCGUGAUCAAGAUGAUGGUGAAGAAAGUGGCGAAGAAUUAUUUGGCAAUGAUUUUGAACGUGAUUAUUUACCAAGGCCAGAAUUGGAUGUAUAUGAGCGUGAUCAAUUGGAUGAUGCUUCAUAUUCGGAAUUAUCAGUCGAUGGUCGACGUGCUGCUGAAGAAGAAUUACGACAACGUGAUAAAGUUGAAGGUAGAGUCGUUGGCCGCAUGAGACGUGGUUUAGAUAUCUAUGAUGAUGAAUCGGAAAUUUCUGAAACGGCUGCUACUGAUCAACCGUCGAAGAAGAAAAGAUUUUCAAGACGUACGGCUGAAAUUUUCGGUGAGCUAGAAGAUGAUGAUAGAAUGGUAGAAUCGAUCGAAAAUCUUGAAGAUACUCGAGGACUUUCCGUUCGAGAUUGGGUCGUACAAAUGGCUCCUAAACGUGAAAUUUUCAAUCGUUUUAAAGAAUUUCUCAUUAAUACUUGUGAUGAUCGUAAUCGUUUUAUUUAUCGGGAUAAAAUUAAAUCAAUGGUCGAAGAUAAUCGUCAAUCAUUCGAAGUAGAAUAUCAUAUUUUGGCCGCUAAAGAACAAAUUCUUGCUUAUUUUUUACCAGAUGCACCACUUGAAAUGUUUGAAAUUUUUAAUGCUGCUGCCAAAGAAAUUGUAUUGAAAAUGUAUCCGGCUUAUAGUCGAAUCGCUAAAGAGAUUUAUGUACGAAUCAGUCAUUUACCAUUGCUUGAAGAUAUACGUUCAUUGCGACAACUUCAUCUUAAUCAAUUAGUCCGUACACACGGUGUGAUCACUUCGGCUACAUCUAUUUUACCACAAUUAUCUAUUUCAAAAUAUGAUUGUCUUAAAUGUCAUUAUGUUCUUGGACCGUUCGUUCAGACACAAUUAUCCGAAACGAGACCCGGUUCUUGUCCAGAAUGUCAAAGUAACGGACCAUUUUCUUUGAACAUGGAAGAAACUAUUUAUCAAAAUUAUCAGCGAAUAACCAUUCAAGAAGCACCAGGAAAAGUUUCUGCUGGUCGUAUUCCACGAUCUAAAGAUGUUAUUCUUUUGGGUGAUAUAUGCGAUUCAUGCCGUCCUGGUGAUGAAGUAGAAGUGACUGGUGUUUAUUCCAAUUCCUAUGAUGGAUCGUUAAAUAUUGCAAACGGAUUUCCCGUUUUUUCUACUGUUAUUCUUGGUAAUCAUGUUCUUCGCAAAGAUAAUUGGUCUGCAGCGAUUUCCAUUACUGAUGAUGAUAUAUCAGAGAUUUUGAAAUUGGCUAAAGAUUAUCGAAUUGCUGAUCGUAUUAUUGCAUCAAUGGGUCCAUCUAUUUAUGGCCACAAAAAAGUUAAACGUGCUUUGGCAUUAGCAUUGUUUGGUGGAGAAUCCAAAAAUCCUGGUGAUAAACAUCGAAUCAGAGGAGAUAUAAAUGUAUUGCUUUGUGGUGAUCCUGGUACGGCUAAAUCACAAUUUCUAAAAUAUUUAUCCAAAAUUGCUCCACGUGCUGUGUUCACGACUGGUCAAGGUGCGUCGGCUGUUGGUUUAACUGCUUCGGUACAUAAAAGUCCAUUGACAAGAGAAUGGACUCUAGAAGCUGGAGCAUUAGUUUUGGCUGAUCGAGGUGUUUGCCUAAUCGAUGAAUUUGAUAAAAUGAGUGAUCAAGAUCGAACUUCGAUUCACGAAGCUAUGGAACAACAAUCGAUAUCAAUUUCAAAAGCAGGCAUAGUAGCUUCAUUACAGGCUCGUUGUUCUGUAAUAGCUGCGUCUAAUCCAAAUGGUGGACGUUAUGAUGUUGGUCUAACAUUUGCACAAAAUGUCGACCUAACCGAACCGAUCAUUUCACGUUUUGAUAUUAUCUGUCCUGUUCGUGAUGUUGUCGAUCCAUAUGCUGAUGAACAAUUGGCAAAAUUUGUUGUACGAUCACACAUUCGUCAUCAUCCGCAUGCUACUGAAGAAGAUCGACAAAAAGUUAAAGAUGCUAAUCUUCAAGAUCAAAUGAACGAUUUAGUGGAUAAUAUUGAAAACAUGAACACCCAAGAACAGAUGAAUGAAGUUACAUCAUCUGAUCUUGAAUUAAUACCACAGGAUUUAUUACGUAAAUAUAUUAUCUAUGCUCGACAACGCAUUCAUCCAAGAUUAGCUAAAAUUGAUAAAGAUAAAAUUACAAAAUUAUAUUCCGAAUUACGUCGUGAAUCAAUGUUGACCGGUUCGAUUCCAAUUACUGUACGUCAUAUUGAAAGUAUAAUUCGUUGUGCAGAAGCACAUGCUCGUAUGCAUUUACGUGAUGCUGUCGGUGAAAAUGAUGUUAAUUUGGCCAUUCAAACUAUUAUUGAUAGCUUUAUUGAAACACAAAAAAAUAGUGUCCAAAAAACAAUGACAAAGACUUUUAGCCGAUAUUUUUCACGUUCAAAUACCGAUCUAUUAUUUACUUUACUUCGACAAAUGAUUCAUGAAGAGAUUCUUUUACGAAGAAAUCUAUCACGUCGUAAUAAAGGUGAUGAUCCUAUUGAUGAUGAUUUCAUUCAAAAAGUUGAAAUUAGUGAACCCGAAUUUUCUAAAAGAGCACGACAAUUGGAAAUAUAUCAUCUGAAAAAUCUUUAUGAAAGUCGAUCAUUUAAGAUGCAAAAUUAUCGUUAUGAUCCGGAACGUAAGGUGAUUAUACAGAAAUUCUAAUGGGAAAAAAAACAUCGUACAUAUGGCACACUCAAACUGAAAAAAAACCAUCUAUUGUCAAUUGUCAUCAUUUUUUUCCGAUAUAAAAAUUUGUCACUUUUCCCAUUCUCA